AUGGAACUUUUGGAGCUAACUCCCUUAAGAUCAGCAGCCUUAGUAGGAUUGCCUGGAGUCAAUGGUCUAUCAACCGAGCAACGGAAAAGGCUGACCAUUGCAGUUGAACUGGAACACGUCGAUACAGGAAGAACCGUCGUCUGUACCAUUCAUCAGCCCAGCAUCGACAUUUUUGAAGCCUUUGAUGAGCUAUUUCUAAUGAAACGAGGAGGACAGGAGAUAUAUGUUGGACCUCUGCGUCGCUAUUUUUGUCAUUUGAUCAAAUACUUUGAGUCAUUGCCUGGAGUUAGUAAGAUAAAAGAGGCUUACAAUCCAGCAACUUGGAUGUUAGAAGUCACAGCCGCAUCUCAAGAAAUGACGUUAGGAGUUGACUUUGCUGAUUUGUACAAGAAAUCAGACCUCUACAAGAAGAACAAAGCCUUGAUUUCUGAAUUAAGUACGCCUCGUCCUGGUACAAAGGAUCUUCAUUUUGAAACUCAAUUUUCACAGCCUUUCUGGACUCAAUGUAUGGCAUGUCUCUGGAAGCAACAUUUGUCAUACUGGCGUAAUCCAUCUUACACGGCAGUUAGAUUCAUCUUCACAGUCAUCCUAGCACUUGUCUUUGGCACAUUGUUCCGGGAUCUUGGUACCAGAGUGAGUCGGAGCCAGGAUCUUUUAAAUGCUAUGGGAUCUAUGUAUGCUGCAACUCUCUUCCUCGGUGUACAAAAUUCAUCAUCAGUCCAGCCUGCUGUAGCCGUUGAGCGUACUGUAUUUUACAGAGAAAGAGCUGCUGGAAUGUAUUCUGCUUUACCUUAUGCCUUUGGACAGGUUGUCUUUGAAAUACCUUACUUAUUUGUACAAACAGCUUUCUAUGGUAUAAUUGUGUAUGCAAUGAUCGGAUUUGAAUGGACUGUUGCCAAGUUCUUUUGGUACUUAUUCAUCAUGUAUUUCACUCUCUUGUACUUCACCUUCUAUGGCAUGAUGACUGUGGCUAUUUCCCUGAAUCAAAACGUUGCUUCUAUAGUCGCGGCUUUCUUCUAUGCAGUAUGGAAUCUCUUCUCAGGAUUCAUCGUUCCACGACCUCGUAUUCCAAUAUGGUGGAGAUGGUACUAUUGGCUUUGCCCUGUUGCGCGGACCUUGUAUGGUCUUGUUGCAUCACAAUUCGGAGACCUCCAAAAUAUGCUUAGCGAUGAUGAAAAUGUGGAACAAUUCUUGGGGCAUUAUUUUGGAUUUGAGCAUGAUUUUCUUGGAGUCAUUGCAGCAAUUAUCGUUGCAUGGCCUGUUGUUUUCGCCUUCCUGUUUGCAUUUGCGAUUAAGGCAUUCAAUUUCCAGAAAAGAUAA